CAGGGGCGGACUGACCAUUUGGAAACUAGGGCACUGCCCGAGGGCCCAGGGUCAGUAGGGGGGCCCCCAUGAGAUGCCCCUGGUACCUUUUUCAUAGGCUUUUUUGAGUUUGGGCAAGGACACAGGGGCCCCAUAAUCCCCUAUUGACCGGGGGCCCCAUGAGUUUGUCAGUCGGCCCCUGGUACAGGUUCCUUAUCAGUAUACAGUAUGUACAUGUAGCAGUGCCUUAUUGGUUCAUAGUUCUGCCUCUCCCUCUCCCA